AUGACGUCUCGCUUCAUGGGCAACUCGAUUGAGGUAAGACCAGAAAAAUGGCUUCUCGGUUUCAUAUUUCUAGAAGAGGGAAUCGAGAUGCUGAGAGUGAAGCUUGUCAUUUUUCCAAGCUAUGCUGGGUGGAUUCUUAAACAGUUAAGAAUAACGGUGCGUACCGGCAUACCGAUACAUCUAAGCUUCAGCUGAAGCUUACUUUGCGCUCAAAGCGUGACUGCUCACAGCGCAGUGAAAUAAGUAUUAAGGAACGCAUUUGUUCGUUAUUCCGAAAUAUUAGCAUAUGAACAAUAAUGUCACGGCUCAGUGUUGAAAUUAUUUCUUACAAUCACCGUAUCAUAACAAAACUCUUGCGAAGCAUCUUAAUGGUUGCUUUGUAUGUUGCAAUGGUUGUUGAAUACUUUGAUCUUUAAUACUAGAAAAAUCGCAAAAGUUUUUAUGAGUAGUGUAUAAUGAGAACUUGAUUUGUAAGUUUAGGUUUUUGAGAAUUACAGUUCUUGGAAAGAGGAUAUUUUGGAUCCAUUAGAACUCAGGUUAAACCAUAGUCUCCUUUGUUUCCUAUAAAAGAUAAGGACCGAGGACUAGGAACAAAAGGAAAUUCCAACUCAACACGAAGUUGAACGCUGGUUAACGUGAGAACACAUUUUAUCCAGGGCCAGGUUGUUCAAACGUUGGAUAAUGCUAUCCACCGGAUAAAUCACUAUCGAGUGGAUAAGUAUUUGGGAAACCAAUUGCGAUUUUCCAUUGAUAGAGAUUUGAGUGGAUAGCGUUCAGGGUUGUCAAAAGUAGCCGGCUGCCGGCGAAAAUCGCUGCCUACUUGGUUAGUAUUGGCCAGCUACUCUGCUUGGCAUUUCUUUACAGAUGGUGUUUGUUAAAUAGAAUAUAUGUAGACUGGCUGCUUACUUUGACAACUUAGCUGUCUACUUCAAAACUUUCCGACAACCCUGGCAGCAUUAUCCACCUCUUAAAAUCAGCAGCCAUCCUGGGUGGCUGGUUCUGGGGAGCCCCCAGGAAUUUGGCCUAUCCCCCUCACCUGUAAAUCCCACCCACCUUUGAGCUACAUUAUAUAUUUCUCCACGAAAGCCACCAACAAUUUUGUACGGUUUUUUACCUCCAUCAAAUGGCCUUGAAAGAUUUUUUGCAUAUCUUAUUUAUUUUUUUGUACACUGUAGCCUACUGAGGCCAACAAGAAAAAAACUGCACAUAUGACAUUGCCAUUUUAACAGCUGCAUGUGGCAGUACAUGUAGUUGCUGCUUUGAAAUCCUUCCUUGCCAAUACUUUUGCUCUAACUGCCUUUUCGGUAUUUGUUGAUCAAUCCCUUCACGAAUUUUUUGAGCCAUAUUGCCCUCAGUAUUCGUACACUUUCAAAUGUCUAGUUCCAGAAAAUAUCCAUUCCUGCGCGAUAGAAGGGAUUUGUUUUUAGAGAGCCACUUCCCCCUGUGAAUUCCAAUUGUGCUUCAUAAAUUUUGUUGAUCCUUUUAGUCUUUUAGACCUCCUGCUCGCCCAAGAGUUUCCAAUCCUUUCUACAUGUAUAUGGGAGAGUAAUCAGUAUGGAAAUUUUCCUGUAGGGUACGCAACAAUAAUGUAAAAUCAUCUACUCUUUUUGGUCACUGAUUGUAUGCUUGGGUAACCUAUAUGUACAUGUAAGAUGUAUAAGGUUACAGGUUUAAAGUGUUCUUUUCUGUAAUCUGAAGGCUACAAACCAUUGUUUAGCUUUGUUCUGGACCAUAUAAUUAUGUAACUCCUGGCCCCAGUUGUUCAAAAGUUGGAUAGUACUAUCCACUUGAUAAAUCGCUAUCCAACGGAUAGUGUUAGGGCAUCUACUUGCACUAUCCAGUGGAUAGUGAUUUAUCCGGUGAUAGCAUUAUCCACCUUUUGAACAACUGGGGCCAGUUGUUUGUAUUUACAUUGUCAUUUUGGUUAGGACUUUCAAGUCCUGGAGCUGGUAGGCAAAGGAGGUUUCGCUUGUGUGUACCGCGCCCGCUGCAAAGCCACAGGACAAGAGGUUGCCAUCAAAAUGGUAAGUCAAUCAUAUCUUAAUUAACUCAUGCUUUUUAUAAUUCCUGACGUUGGACUCUCUUGACUCCUUUGUGCUGUUAAUUAAUUUCAGUGGUAAUUAAAAAAGGAAAACUAAAGAUAAUUCUAUCCAAUGAUUCAGUGAUUCUAUAAUAAUAAUAACAUUAUUAUUAUUUACAUUAAUAAACAUGAUGUUAAUAAUAAUAAAAAAUUAAUAGUGUCAUCAAAACUCUGGAGAAUAUUACUAGCUUUAGUACAUGUAUUUCUAUUUCUAAGUUUUUUUUAGUAAACCUUGUGAUUUGAAACAGAGGCAUGGUAAUCAUUUCAAGUAACUCUGGACCCAACGUUUCAAUGAUUCUAUCAUGUCAUCAAAACUUUAGCCAAAAAUUUUAAAAAAUAGUUCAAGUACUUUUACCGAUGUUUUUUUAGUUAACUUUUUAUCAUAAUGUGACUUAAAAUAAGGUCAUGUUAAUUAUGUCCAUUGCACUUGGUAAGUGAACCUACAUGUACUGUACGUGAAUGUUAAUUAUUUUACACACCACAUGUAUUUCCUUUUCUUGACACAGAUUGACAAGAAAGCUAUGAAAACAUCAGGAAUGGUAGCAAGAGUGAGAAAUGAAGUUGAAAUUCACUGCCAACUAAAACAUCCUGCUAUCCUUGAGGUAAUUAAUAAAUGUAAUAAAGUUCAUGUAUCUAAAAAUUUUGUUUCUAAUAAAUGCGUUCCAAAACCAAAAUUUUGAGCAACUUACGAUGUACAGUGUACAUGAGUACCCAUGGGACUUAACUAAUGUCUGCAUUCAUUCAACAUUCUGUACAGGUUAGUGUCUGUUAUGGGAAGACAUCUCUGAGACUUGGAUGAUUGUAACUAAAAAAAAAUAUGUAAGAGAGGCUGCAUGUAUUGUAACCCCUCGUUGUGGGAAGUGUACACAACGUAGUGGUUUAUAGUGCAGAGGACUUUAAUACGUUGAGAUGAGGUCCAGGUUUAGGCUUUUGCUACAUUGUACAUGUAGGGUCAUUAUUGUGUGGUAAUCUUGACACCUUACUGUCGUGGUGCCUCACUGCACAAAGACUAUAUUUUAGGCACUGAAACUGUUUCCUGUCAUGUUUUGCUGUGGAUGGUAAGGAUAAACAUGGAUACCUGUAUUUAAUACUAAAAUUCCUGGUGUUAUUACAGAUAACUAAUUAUAUCUAUAGCCCUGGGAAAGUGUAAAAAAGAAUGCACUAUGCUGUAAACUAUUCUGGUACAAGAGUUUGUCCAAUGAAAAUUAAAAUUACCCAACUUCCUGAUGGACUCCGUCGAAGUAUGUUUGAUACAUGUAUGUAUUUCUUCCUCAUAACUCUAAAGGAGCAUUUUAUGUUGAGGUAAAGGCACUACAGUAAGGAAUGACUUUAACAUGGAAUUGACCUAAAAGGUGACAUACAUACAUGUACACUGUACAUGUACAUGUUGCCCCUUAAACUGACGGUUUUAAAAUUAGAAAGCUACACGGGUUGCAUUAUUUAAAUUCAACCAAAAAAACUUUAGGUAAUUACCAUGAAUGCACACUGUCUCUUGGACGAAAAUAAUGGGCAGUACAUGUAACAAUAAUGGAAAACUUAACUUUCAACUGUGAAAUUUUUAGAAUUAUUGUAGCCUUGAAAGAGUUUACAAUUUUAUUGUAUACAAUUGAACUGACACCAUUUUGUUAUUCUUCAGCUUUACAAUUAUUUUGAGGAUUCAAAUUAUGUCUACCUGAUCCUGGAAAUGUGCCACAAUUCAGAAAUCAACCGCUAUCUCAAGAAAACAGGAAGACCAGUUGGUGAAAAUGAGGGUACAGACUCAUGUUUUCUUUAACCAGUAUAAUUGAAGAAUUGAUUGAUAAUUAAUGGCAAAAUUUAACUAGAAUUAAUUUUAUGUUUAAUCAAUGAGCUGGCUGUGAGUCACAUCCCAGCUUUCCUCAUGCACUUAAAUUAAUCCUUGCCCUCAUGACAUGUAUCUCUAGAGCUAUAAAAAUAACUCAAAUCAAAUAACAAGGAACUCAUAAAAUGACCAUAAGGAUGUAUUUUUAUUUUCAUUUCACAAGCGUGAUAAAAUACAGUACUUACAGCAAAUCUACAUAAAUUUGUGGUAUUAUGCAGAUUGAGGAGGGUGUUAUCUGCUGAGAGUGGAAUUACAAUAUUGCUUGCCAAUGUAAUUAUGCCAAAUACAGAUCUGCCCCCCAUAAUAAUGAUAAUAAUAAUAAUAUUUUACAUGUAUCUGUCACUCACAUAUCUUGUCAAAAAAUUUCUUGAAGUUUAAAUUUGAGUCUCAUCUUGUGUUUGUUAAUUCUGCCUCUGUCAAUUUAUCUUGGGCACAAUGUACAUGUUACUGGUCAAAUUUAAUUUCAGGUUUUAUACUACUACAUGAGAAAUUUCUGCAAUUUGAUUGGCUUAGAGCAGUGAUAUUUCAGCCUAAUUUGAAAUACCUACAUGUGAAAAUUACAAACCUUUUGCGGGUAGUAGUAUAAACAAAUAAUAGCAUAAUAUUAUUUGUAUGUGAUAUUUAUCAAAUUUGAUAUUUGAGUUAAAGAUAGGAAAUGUAUAACAAUUUAGAAAUAUUCUCAAGUUUACUUUAAAAUCAUCUAUUACCUAUACAAAGGGUUCAAUUUCCUUUGUCUUUUAGGGCUAGGAGACAAAGGAAAUUGACAAUCAACCUAGGUUAAAUCAAGAUCAAGCUGAAGUCAAAUUUGACCUGUAACAUACAUAAGAACAGCUGUACACAAGUACUGUUUGUAUGUUCAACAUGCUAAUGUUCAUCUCUGAUGAACAUUUUCGCCCUGAGAAACUUCCCUCACAUGCAUUCCCUCCAGUUGUUCAAACACUCUCAAGAAUUGAUGGUUCAAAGGGAAGCCUGGGUAAAUGAUGAUUACGAUUUAGAUUGAUAUUUAUUUUACCAUUAUCAUCAUUUUUAUCUUAGUUACUGGGCUGACUUUCCUUCUUUUUGUAGCUCGUCACAUCAUGACUCAAGUUGUUAAAGGAGUUUUGUAUCUUCACUCUCAUGGCAUUAUUCACCGUGAUCUAACUCUAGGGAACAUUCUACUCACAAAAGAAAUGGAUGCUGUAAGUUUGUUUUUAUUAUAAGUUUGAAAGGAAAAGAGAUACAAGUUGUACGUAAAAAAAAAAAACAACUUACAAUAUUGGACUUUUGAAGUCACUUUUGUAACAUUGAUUAUUAAUUUUGUCAUAUGAUGGACAUUUUCUCCUUUCAAAGUAUUUACACUGUUACCCUGUGAACAGAGGCUACAUUUUCGCUGUGUGAGCUGUUGUGCGAAAAGUAGCCUCUGCUGGCAACCAUUCAAAUCCGUCCAAAAAUGUGAAUGGAUAAACUAAAAAAAAUGGGGUUUUUUCCUGUUCUUGACUGGUUUAGAGCAUUGUGUGAGUCUUGCGUAUCAAAUCAGAAUUGUCGCAAUUUUUUUAUUCCCGUGAAACUAGCACCAUUUGACAACAGACCUGAUAAUUAAUUUUGCUUGUGAAUCGCAUGAUGAAUUUUGUGCAUGCACGAUAGAAAAUAGAAUGGUUGUUGGCCGAGGCCUACUUUUCACACGCCAGCUCACACAGCGAAAAUGUAGCCUCUGCUCGCAGGGUAUGACACUGUACAAUGUACAGUAAAUGUAUUGCCAGUAGGGAGGUUAGUUGUUGAGUACAGUUGUAUACAUGAAUGAAAACAUACAAACUUGUACUACCUCUACUUUGUCCGUUUGCAGAAAAUUGGUGAUUUUGGCCUUGCCACAAGGCUUACUAUGCCUAAUGAGAAGCAUUAUACCAUGUGUGGAACACCUAACUAUAUUUCUCCGUGAGUAAACACUUUAAGAAUCUCCAAUUAAUGCUUGCAUCAUUUAAGUUACAUGUAAAUUUAGCUUGAAUUCAUCACGACAGCAAAAUAAUAAUUCCAACUCUCCAAAUUGCAACUAUUUUGGUCACCAUGGUGCCUAAAAUUUUGGAGCUGGCGACUUGAUUUGUAAAAAAGUCUCCCUAAACCAAAAGAGUUGGUUGCCAAAUGGCGACCAAAAUAGUCGCAACUUGGAGGGUUGGAAUUCCCACUCAUAAGCAAAAACUUUAACUUGGAGGGUUGAAUUCACUGUAAUAUUGGCACAAUGUAAGAGAGCAGGUCCAGUGUUACUGGUUUUUAUAUACAGGACACCAUUUGCACGGUAUAGGGUUUUGUUUAUUGUUUUUCUCAUGAUAGUCACUUUGAUACAUUGAUCACAAAGUUUUGACAGCGUACUGCAAGUCUUCAUCAGACAAUGGUGUUGAUUUUUGGGACUAUUUUGUACAUGUACCAGCGUGAUCAUUAAGUUAUUGGUGCAACAUGAUCCUGGCUCAUGGUUGCUGGGUUUCAGUCCAAAGCAUUGUUGGCAUUAUCAAGGGAGGAAACUGUUCCCUCGGAUCAGCGGUCCACUGUUGUAGUGAUUGGCUGCUGUGUUGUCUGUGGGUAUCCAUGCCUCAGGAGCCAGGAGUCUCAGUUCCACUAUUUUUCUUUACACCAGCUGAUGAUUAUAAACACCUGUACAUCUUGUAAUAUUUAUAUUUGUACUGUAUCAAACAAUCAUUGUUUUCCAAUUAGUUAGGUGCAACCAAAGCAAUUUAGAGUACAAGUACAUAAGAGUACUACAUGUACAAUGUAAUUCAGUGGUGUUAGUAUGUCUAUUUACAAUGAAAUGGUGAUGAUUGAAAUUAAGGAAUAAUUUCACACACAUUUUCUCCAAAUGCUAAUAAUUUCCCAAACCUUUAAGCAAAAGAAAUUGUUAUGAUUUGGACAAAAACUCCAUGUACCAUUUGAUAAUGAUUACAUUUAUCAUUUUCAUAACAUUGUUCAUCGAAUUGAAUGAACCCUAAUGAACAAUUUCAUUUUUAUUGAUAUUGUUGAACAGGUUUUUAAAAAAUCUUUUUGCCCAAACAUCUUCUUUGAUUUCAUUACAUUUGAAAACUUUUGCCUUGGCAUUAAUUUAUAAUUUCACAAGGAAAUUUAUUAUAAAUUAAUGCUGAAAUUUCAUGCCAAAAUUAAGGAGUAGUUUGUCACCCAUGAUAUUAAAAAUGUAAUACACUGUCUAUUAUUCUAAAAGAAUAUGUUCUUUUUUUUCUUGUAGAGAGAUUGCCACGAGAGGUCCUCAUGGUCUUGAGUCAGACGUCUGGUCUCUGGGCUGUAUGCUUUACACCCUGCUGGUUGGAAAACCUCCUUUUGAUGUGAGGAAGAGAUUAUCCUGUGCAUUCUUCCAGUUAUUACAACAACAAAUAAUGUAGUAGGGACAAUCUACUACCCUUAAAGGGGCUAAAAACCUUGAAAUACCACUGCUUGGUCUUUGGGCAAGUAGUAUAAUUGCAGUUAUUGCAUUACUACCUGUAGGGUCUUCAAGCAAUUAAUUAUUAAGACAAUCACCUCAAAAAAGGGCUAAAAAAACUUGAAUUCUAGCUUGGUCUUUGGGCAAGCAGCUCUCGCAUUUUAUUUUCUGGGGCCACCUCUUGCUCAUUACUGCCUGGACCAUUGCUUAUUGUGCAAGUCAGCUUUAAAAGUUACUUGUCCAUUAACAAAAUCUACCUGGCCCGGACCACUGGACGGGACUAUUUUUGAGCUCUGCCAAAAAAGCUUCCUACACAUGUACAUAUACAUGAUUUUUUUUAACAAUGUGUAAUAUACCCAAGUCUUUGUUUUUGCUCUAAGAAAAACUAAGGGGAACCCAGUGCUUGGAAGCUUCAUGCACACUGUACAUUGUAUGAUAUCCAGGGUGCCCAGCAUACAAUGUAUGAAUUUUACUUUUCAGUAUUUGUAUGACGAAACUACAAAUACAUUAAAAUUUCCUAGUCAUCCAAGAGCAAAAAUUAAGGCACUGUUGGUCAAGGGGUAAAAAAAGUGAGGUUUACUGAACAGUAAUUAUUUUAAAGCACAAAUGAUGGAAGACUGCAGACUGAAGUAAUUUGCAGUAAUUUUAGUAACCUGAGUCACUUAAUACUACCUGUAUGCCUGUGGUUAGUUUUUGAUUGCCAACUCUACUUGGGAAUAUUUGGGAGAUUGUAUCCUGUGUGAGUGUGAACAAAACCAAAGAUGUCCACUUGUUAAAUUAAUAUUAAUAAAAAUAUUAAAUUGAUUUUAAAUGGUUUUACUUUAGACUGAGGCAGUAAAGAGUACAUUAAACAGGGUAGUGUUGGCUGAUUAUGAUUUACCAAGGUGAGUUUUAACUUAAUAAUAAUAAUAAUGAUAGUAAUACUGUGUAUAACAAGGUUUACCCAAAAGAUGUACAUGCACUACUGUUUUUAGUAAUUAACCAACAACUGAAAGUAUUUAUACGGUGAAACCUCUAUUAAGCGGACACUAAGCAGAGUCCCGAAAUUAACAUCUUAUAUUUCCCUUUAUAACGAACUCCAAUUCAGCGAACACCUCUAUUAAGCGGACACGGGACUGAAUUGAUAAUAGUACAUGUAGUAUUGGAUAACGUCCUUGAAAUAUGUGCUGUGGUCGAUAAAUAAAGAUAAAUCAAUACAUUUAGCUGUCAAUAAACUGUAGAUUAGGCUGAAAGUCUCGCACAAAGAACACUACAGCCUCCUAGCUUCCCUAGUAACAUGGAUCUUCAUCACAGUACAGAGUAACUGUUAAAAGUUAAUUGUCAACAAACAUUGCGCCAUUUUUGCAAACCUCUAUUAAGCGGACACUUGGGAAGGUUUGCUUAGUAGAGGUUUCACUGUAUUAUUCUUGAAAGUACAAUGUAGAGUUACUCUGACAGGAUAAAAAAUUACUUGCUUACUGCAGAAGUACGGUACUUACAAUGUUAUAAGCAGAGAUCUUGUUUGUUUGCUUGUUUUUUUUUUUUGUGGUAGUAAUCUGUCAUCAGAAGCUCAAGAUCUCAUUGCACAGCUCCUGAAAAAGGUAUGUUGUAAGAUGAACUACUUAGAGUUGUCUCAAUGGAUACAAUCUAACGGUGGCUUACUUACUUGUGUAUCUGUUUUGCUAGGGAUAACUCUUUGAUGGACAAAAUUUAGCUGUUCUUAUGCAAAAGAGGUUUACAUUUCUGCAUUUUGUGUGAUUUAUACUUGAAAAACUGGAGUAUGGUGAUGUGGUAUGGCCUAAAGCUCAGGCCUCAAUAAAUAGGGCUAUCUGAAGAAUGAAUCACCAUCCAACGAUAAGUAUUAGGGAAACCAAUUGAGUCAGCCAGAGGAUAGAGAUUUAUCUGGUGAACAGUGUUAACUACCUUUUAAACAACUAUCUUGGGCGUGGAGAUGGGAGCUCUGGCUGUGGAAUGUUUGAUACAAAUAAGAACAUCCUUUCUGCCCCCUGCCCCCUUUCCAUGUUAUCAGACUCUGUAACCUUGGUUACAGCCCUGCUUUGUCAGAGGCUAUUCCUCACCAAAAGCAAACCUGUAAACGUUUUGUAAAUAUUUUACCAAGACGUUGAUGAUGAUGACAGUGAUAUUGAUCAAAGAAUUUUUAAAUGUCCUUCUGAAACAUGCAGGAAAUUUGCAAGCUGCUGCACAUACCUUCUAUACAAAUACACAUAAAUAAAUUUGCAUAGUUUUUAGAUACAUGUAAAGUAAUAAAUAUUAAGUGCUGAUUAAUUUUUUGUGUUAUGAACGACAUUUUAGAAUCCUGGAGACAGAAUCACCUUGUCAGGUACAUGUACUGAUCUAUGUACUUAAUUCUUAAAUUGGUCUUCUCUCGUACCUCACCUAUUGGUUAUAAGGCAACUGCAUGUAGUAUAACCUUCAUACUUUUAAUAGUGAUUACCUUUGUGUAAAGUUAAAAAAAGUAAUUGAUCGGCUAUCAGUGACUUAAAGGUACCUUUGGUUUUAGAUUACUGUAAAUCCUUGAUCAGUUACCACGACAAUCCCUUGGGUUCUAAGAAUGAGCUACAUUGAUUUUCUCCAAACAAUAUUGAUACGUUAUUGAGAGAAGAGGUUAUGAGAAUCAAUGAAAAGAUCACAAUUCUAUCAAAUUCUCUCAACUAAUUUUAAGAAUAAGGAAAAUGUAUGGUCUGGGGCCUGAAGGGUUAAAACAGGAUUAGAGCUAUCAGGACUGCAGACCAUCCAGUCCCGAUUUUUAAGUACAUGUACAGUAGAGAAAACGAACAAACAAACAGGGAAGCAAGAAACAAUAACCCCCAAAAUUUAAAAUUCACAAGUUGAGGGGUAAAAAAACCACUACAACAACAACAACUACAAAAUAAAUCAAAAGCAAAAUCAACUGAUAAUUACCUUACUCCUGUUAUAAUUGUUGGGUGGAAAAAGCCCUAGCUCAGUCCACGAGGCACACAAUAUAUAGUUCGACGUUGUGGGGAGGUGUUGAGUUCGCCUAAGCGGGUUAAACCUUUUUUCCACGAAUAUUGGGGGUGGGGGGUAAAAUGAGUUCAACUUAGCAUUGAGUAACAGUUCGAGUUAACCAAAUUAGAUUUAGCAUUUUUCAACUGUGCACAUUGUACUUACAGGGAUUUUAGAUCAUCCAUUUAUGACUCAGGAAAGGCUGCUGAAGUACUCCUCAACUGACCGGCUAUAUCCUCCACAGGUAUGCCAUGCAAAGAGUAAAAUACAUCGCUCAUUAACUUAAAAAACGUAACGUUUGUUUAUAAAACUUGCACUAGAAUUAAAAUUGCAAACACAGCUGAGGAGAAUUUGGGUGACAAGGAGGUGCGUGGAGUAAAGUAUGUACAUUAGAGAGCGAAAAGCAUGUGUUUGCAUUUUGUACGUCGUGUAAAAAUCAUCAACAAAGAUUAGCUCGGAGUAAGGCGACUGAGAGGCGGUUGAAGACAGGGACUAGUCACUACAGCCAAGUGCAAUUAUUGCAUAACUAUGACAACCGUAUGAGUGGCAUCUGCGCAGGCACCGUCACACUGCUAACCAGUGGAACCUAGCACAAUUACUAUUAUUCUUUCCAAAGGGAGGGAAGGGUAAGAAACAGAACACCUUAAAACUAGGAGCAACGUCAAACGACACGAACAUAAUGGCCCGACCUCAACAAAGAAGCUGUAAAAUUCCCAGAAGACCUUGUGAAGCUACUCGAACUUUCAAAAGGGAGCUUAAACAAAGACGUUUUUGAGCGACGCUCGUCCACCGGAAAUGAACAUUUUUCAUUGUUGGGCAGUGGUUUUGCCCAGAUUUUUGGGCAGAUCGUCUCUACAAUAGAGACCUUUAGAUUCGGGGACGAGAACGUCUACGAGUACGAGAUUUGACUCAAAGUUCUUUUCGCGCAUUCUCUAAAAAUAGACACCCCGGAAAGCUUCAUUGUACUUUUUUCACCAGAAAAGUAACCAAUGUUAUCUUUAUUGAAGCAGGUUAGGCCCUGUACCGGUCGCAAAACCUCUAACAUUUGAUAACAUGUUUCCGCCACUACUCUCCCUAAAACUCGUAUUGGAAUAAAGAUGACUAUCACUUUUUCCAGCCAAAAAGACGCUGGUUCACGCGCAAGCAGUGCUUGAGAAAGUCUCGUACUCGUAGUCGCUCUCGUCUUUACUCUUAGAAUCUAAAGGUCUUUAAUAGUAGUAAAGACACUUAGCAAUACAAAUUUUGUAGCGUCAAGGCAUAUUAGGAAGAUGAGGCAGCGACGUUUUUGAGCGACGCAAGUCAACCGGAAGUGAGCCUUUUUUUCUUUUAAAUUACCUUGACGCUACCAAAUUUGUAUUGCGAAGAGUCUCUACCUUUAUAGCGACGAUUUACCCAAAAAUUUGUUUAAAAUCAGGGUUUAAGAGUGUAAAAAGCCACUUCCGGUCGACGUGCGUCGCUAAAAAACGUCGCUGCUUAAACUCGCUAGUAUGGGGAAAAAGGUCUCAUUUCCGGUUGACCACAUUUUAUGACUGGUGAUGAUGAUGACGAUGAAUGAUUGUAACGUUGAUUUACCCUGUUUCUUUAGCGAAAUAUCAAUGAGCGAUCACUAGACAGUGGAAAUGGCACAAUGGCUACAGUCUCUACAGGCCUUAGUCGGCCUUCAAAAUCCACUCGUAACAGCAGUGAUUAUGCAAAAUCCAUGGGCAUGUCUGGGGAUAAUGACGCCUUCACUAACAGAUCAAGUGAUCGUCUGUCUGACGCUUGGCCUAGACAUGGCCGACACCCACCCUCUCCACCAGUGAGACAGAGAGCAAGGUACUGCAAUGUUAAUUGCAAUUAGAGAGCUUUAGAUUCUGAGACGAAUACGACUAUGAUUACGUGAUUUUCUCAACACUGAGUAUUGCUCACGCGUGAAGCAGCGUAAUUUUGGCGGGAAGACGUGAUAGCCGUCGUCAUAGUACUACGAGUUUUAGCGAGAAUGUCGUAGUGGCGGGAGCAAGGUAUCAAAUGUAAGAAGUUUUAUCAUUUCGCUAUCGGUAGAGGGCUUAACCUCCUUCAGUAAAUUUAAUCGUCCUAGCUUUUUUGGUGAAAAAAAAGGUAGAAUCAAGCUUUCCUGGGUUGUAUUUUUUUGAGAACAUGCGCAAAAACUUUUAGUUAAAUCUCGUACGGUACUCGUUCUCGUCCUCAUAUCUAAAGCUCUCUCGUAAGAUUAUGAUGACUGGUUUUCACGUUACGUACAAAUGUAGUUUAUGCAGAUAUAAUAUCAUGAUAGCGGUAAAGACGCUGUAGUAAAGGAUGAGUUUCACUAUUACUCUGGAAUCGUUCGUUGCCGGAGCCGGAAUGAGAAUUGCAGACUGUUAUGAACUGGUGAAAUUUUCUGAUAUAUUUGUCACUUGUGAUCUAGCUAAAACAAGAUUUUCCCAAUCGCAAGCGGGAGCGGACGAAUAAGCCGAUCAUAGUGCAUGGAAAUGGUCACUAAUUCGCCAUUUCCCGACUCCGACAAUUUAAUUAGAUUACUAGUGACGAAGUCAUUGGCAAAAUCGGACUCCGAUUGAGCUCGGCGUAAAGAAAAUGUAAACGUGCUGAUUAUUGCGACUGUGAUUCCGUCGAGCUUAGGACUCCGCUUUUGUCUGUGAGUGUUGAUUUUACUACAGCUUUCGUACGACCCCAACUCCUUCGCUAGUGAAAACAAACCUUUAGAAACUGGAUAAUCCUGAUUUCCGCCGCUCUCUCGAUUGCCGUCUUUGUUCCUUCCCAAGAAGUUACGGCUGGACGCGUGACGGAAACGUUGACCUUGUCUACAAUUAAUACAUUAUUCUGAAAUUGCUGAGUGCAUCAGGGUUCUAUGUAGGAUUUUUGAGGGGUAGAAGCUUCCCCCUCAAAAUGCCCAGCUUCCUCCCUCAAUAUAUUGUUAUCAUUACGGUAUAUAAGUAUUAAAACUAUAUCGGAAAAAUCAUCCAGACGCGACGAGGUCAGUGCACAUGAAGUAUUCCCUGUCUAAGGUCACUAUAUGACAAGGAACAUGAAGUAUUGUAACAUUGUCAGAUCGUGAUCACAACUAAAAAAUAAAACAAAAUACCACAGUAACAUUUCUCAACAUUGUGUCUCAAAAUGCACCAUAUUGCAUCUCAGCACAUUUUCAUCUGAAAAAAUUUCGGGAGGGGAGCGUGUCCUCUGACCCCCUAGGAAGCUCGUAGCCUUCGGACACUCGGGACUUCUCUCCCCCAAACGAAAAAUCCUAGAUAGAACCCUGUGCAUCGAUUGUCAUUUUUCUUUUGUUUGAUUUCCAUUACAGUCACACUGAAAGUCAUAGCACAUCUGAUCAGAAAACAGGUUCUUACACAAAAGACCAAAUGCGUGGAACAGACGUGGCUCCCCCGCCCUCGUUAGGCUACAAGACUGCAGAGUCCGCGUCCUGGCUCUCCAGUAUAACAACCUCGACAUUUGGAAACAAGCAACCAAAAGACAAGGAAACCGCACCCAACACUGGAAACAGCCUGAUCGCGAAAUUCAGGUUAACAAAUAGUUGUUGCUUAUUAUGCAUUUAUGAUUGCUAGCCUGCAAAGGACGGCGGAACGAAGGGAACUUCCCUUCUUUUCAGUCGUCAGUUCGCCUUGUCACGUGCGAUCUCUUGAAGCGCCUCUUUGACGGGCGCAUUCUUAGCCGUUUUGCAUGCUGUGGAAAAACGAAAAAGAACACCACCACCAACAACAAACAAACGAACAAAGAAAACAAUGUUCUUUUUGGGGCUUGCUUGGCUUGCUUGCGAUAUUAUUCAGUAGAUGUAGUUCAAAACCUCAGGUCUCAUCUUAAUACUAGAAUGUAAGACGAAAAUAUCCGUGCGCUCAAGAAAAUGCCGCAUUAUUUAAACAAGGUUCUUGCUACUCCUGGAACUUUAAACUUGUUUGGGGGGAGGGGGGAGUGGGGCCUUUAAAGACGUUUUAAGAACUACCUUGGUUUUUCUUCCUCCCGGAAAAGUCCUAUUUUCCGAGAUGAAUGUAUCCUAGCAGGUGACAGAGGACCAGCAUCUGCGGAAUCUUUGUGCUAUUUACUAUACCUUGAUGCAUCAGUUUUCACAAUUUAAGAUGUUUUUAAAUGGUGUCACAUAGUGGGUAUAGGGGAAUAUUUGUUCACAUUUUUUUCUCAUUAACAUGUGCUCAUCAUUAUCUGAUGAAGCUAAUAAAAUAAAACCUCUGAAUAUUGAAAGAGAAUGACAAUUUCAGUUGUCUCUGAAAAUUUGAUCCCGAUUUAGCGAACGAUUUCCGAGAAAUUCUCUUUUAAAAACUCGAAAUUUUACAAUGAGAAGGUAUGAAUCAGUAACUUUUUUGCCACCCAGCAAUUUCGCAGUUCUUGAUGGCUGAUAAUUAUUUCCUACAAUAUUGCUUGCAAAGAGCUGAAAAGUUGCACAAAUUGCUCAAGUUAAUCAGCUCUUUCAACUUUUGAAUUUAGUUCGUAUAUACGGCCGUGACUGUGAGUUAAAAUGUACGCUAAUGACAAAAAAUGUAAACAAUGACGUUAGCAAAGAUUCGCCUAUUGGAUAGAUGUUGCUUGACGGGGAGCGGGGGACGGGGAACGAGUACGGGGACCCUGAAAGUGAAAAAUGGGAAUAAAAAAAGAAAAUUGGAAAUGAAAUUACUGAUAGGGCUUACCGGCCAGGGUUCAAGGUAGGACACCUAUGAUACUGAGAUGAUGCUUUACCCAUCUUGUUUUCCCAUCUUGUUUGUUGUUAUUUCUUUUCAGGAAUUACAAUGCCAGCAAAUACAGCAGCUCGUGUGGUAACACACUUGGAGACUUCCUCAAGAAUGCAACUAAUGGUGUUAACACCAGCAGUAGUGGAUUCAGUAGCACAGAGCCAAACAUGAAUCGACAAGAACAGCAUCACCGACCGGGUGAUCUCCAUAAUGGUACUGGUUACCAACAGAUACCGAGUAAUGUCAGUAGGUCAGAUUGUGAAGAAACAGCAGAAAGGAGUGAUUAUCGACAACAUCGGCGACGUGGUAGUGACAGUGUCACGAAAGACUCCGGUCUAGACUUCUCUCAUAUUCAGGAAACGGGCAUGCAUGAAAAGCAUUCUAGCGCUGAACAGGCGAAGAGAAAUAGUAGAAGCAAAUCCGAUUCGUCCAGAUCUAAAUCACUGGGAGACAUUGUAGAACCCCUGAAUUCCGAAAGGCUCAGACCAAUAAGACAGAAGACCAGAAAUGCUGUGGUUAGCAUUCUAGACGACGGAGAAGUUGCUUUGGAGUUCUUUCAUCGCAAGAAUGGUGAAGACAAAGUUUUCGAGGUGCUGAGAAUUUCACAGAAUGGGAUGAAGAUAACUGUAUACCAGCCUAACGGAAAGGCAGGGGUCCCUCUAUCAUCACAACCCCCUCCACCCUCGGGGUGUGACUCCACAUGUAGCUAUCUGUUCUCCAACUUGCCCUCUAAGUACUGGAAAAAGUACCAGUAUGCUACGAGGUUUGUUCAUCUUGUACGCAAGAAAACACCGAAGGUAAACAUUAUUGUUAGUCCCUUUUUUCGCAGACAUAAAAUUCAGCACGCUCGGCAGUUUUUUUCAGUCCACUGAAUGCUUGAUAUUUACCUUGCAGGUCACAAUGUAUUCGAAGCAUGCAAAAUGCAUGCUUAUGGAAAAUUUUCCAAAUGCUGAUUUUGAAGUGUGCUUUUAUAAUGGUAGGUGCCAGACAGAGUGUUACUUAUGUCAAGGUAUAGUGGCCAGAAAAAAUAUCGGCCAUUUUGACUAAGGCUGUACGUACCUUUUGUGGGACCGGGUCGGUUUUGUGGCGUAUUGCACCAUAGGACUGUUUUAAAUGACAAAUUUUGAGCCCGUCUCCUGUGCAACCUCGUGACAGCCAAUAAGAGGCUAGGACAUAUCCAAAAUCUCCCAUAGUGUAAGUCGACAUAACACUGACCAAGUCUCCCCCUCAACCCUAAAAAUGGCCAGUACCCUAGGACUUAUUUUAACGUUUUACUUGGCAGUCACACAAUGCUAUUUUGUUAUUCCCCGAGGCAAAGGGCUCAGUGUAACUGAACCACUCACUCACUCACUAACCCAACCUCUUCAUCCCCGCUGGACAUAGGGCGGCUGUUCGCAAUCAAACGUUGCCACCGCAACUCAACCCUGCCAUGUUAGACCCAACUCCUCCAGCUCUCACAUCAAUGUUUUCCGCCAAUGUAUUUGAAACAUUUGCUAUUAAACACUUAUCGACUGGUUCCGAGGGAAACAGUUAAUUUUGUCCGCCUCGGGAAACAUUGAGAUUCGAGGGAAACAAAAUUAACUGUUUCCCUAGGGGCAAGUCUUUAAGUGAUUUGUUAUAUAGCGGGAAAUUUGAAAGCUGGAAAUUCAUUAAACCUCGCUGUAACGGCGGUUGUCGGUCAACAUUCGCGGGUAACAGUGCACUGUUACUCUGUGACGUCAUAGAGUUUGCAAUGUUGCCCACUCAGAGAUUUUGGCGGGAAACAGUUUCAUUGUUAGAUGUCAUGUGACCUCGAAGUAACCAUUGAGAGAACGCGCUGUUGGGAAAAAAUUUCCAGCUGUAUAGCAAUUAUUAAUAUUUUCUACAGGGGCUAAAGUGCACCAGUCACAGGAGUGCACGCGGAUAAUCGAGCCAGGCGGAGUAUCAUACACGUUGGAAUCAGUAGGAGGACUGGAUGGUGUGACUCAGGAUAUGAAACCGUUGUUAGAGCAUGCUCAGAAUUGCUAUCAGCAGUGUGUGCAUCUAGAGAGAGUCAUAAAUAAGGAAGAAAGUGAGAGUAGCGGAGGACAGUACUUUCCAUUCAUUGUGUGCCGCAAACCACCUGUGUCGAGAAAUAAGUCUCUGAAAGGAAACGAUGGACUUACCGAAGCACACAAUCCUAGGUACGUAAAUAUGUUUUGUGAUUUUUGUUCCUUCUUCAAUAGGCCGUGUAGAUUCUCUUCCCUUUAAACACUUGUGAAGGCAUUAAUUUUAACGUUAAUGAAAAUCUUGCUCCACUCCCUCUCCCCAUACUUCCACCAAAAUUGUUUCAUAAUCCAACGUUUUUGCAAAAAAUGUCGCUUCCAAAACGAGUAAGUUAAUGUUCUCCAAACGAUCGUGAGGCUUAGUUAAUGCUUAACAAAAGGAAACAAACUGGAGUAAAGAUUCGAAAUUAUUUUGUCGGGUGGAGAGAAUGCGACAGGUAAAAGUCCAGGGCCUAGGGGGCAAUCUUGCCUACUGCGCGUGCUCGAGCGUCGAAAGCUGUAAUCUGACCUCGUAAUGUAACACCAGGAAUAAAGGUUAAGGACUGUGACUAUUGACUACGAUUUCUUGUUGCCGGGUAUAUGCAAUUAGUAGGCGGGGAAUUGAUAUUCUAGGAAGUUUUUGUUUCUACUUCUCAUUUGUUGCUUAUGAAAGUAUCCGAGGUCAUGUUCAUAGUGGCCGGAAGGAAUCCCCGGCCCUUUGUGACAGCCUCGCAGUAUUUAUGUGUAAGGAGCAAAGCUUGAAGUGGCGGCGAGGGUGAUGGUGAGGUUGUCCCCUCACUCAGGGUGUCACAGCGAAGGCAGCCUUGCCGAGCGUUAAGAGCGCUGGACUUGUAAUUCCGAGGCCCCGAGUUCAAGUCCCGCCCUGACCGCUAGCUGGAUUUGUUCUCGGUAGUCCCGAGUUCAAAUACCCGGCCAAGUCUGUAAAGGCCAACUGGCUCGCCUCCUACCAGUUGGGAUUUUUAACCAUGUUAUGUUUCAUUUAAAUUAUCUGUUUCACGAGGGGGAUGUAAGCUACUGACAGGGUUCGUACAGAGUCUUGAAUUCUUGAAAUUUGCCCAGCAAUUUUCCAGGCCGGAGAAAGUCUCCAAACUAGAGAUAGAGUCUUGAAAAAAUGGUAAAAAGCCUUGAGUUCUUUUAAAAGCUACAACAAGUGCUUUACAAGUGAAUUUUUUUUUCGUGUUGGUCAAAUCUUAUUCAAUUUCGACAGUACGUUUGCAGCGCAUGAUCAUGGAAAACGUUUUGUUCCGGCGUUUUUUUAAGGUCUCUAUUGAUCACCUAUUUGAUAACCUUGAGUCUGGAAAAAGAUGAAAAGCCUUGAAAAAUUGUUUUGGAAAAAGGCUGGAAAAAGUGUUGAAUUUUGGAUUCAAAAAUCUGUGCGAACCAUGUACUGGGUUACCAGUAAUGCUAACGUAUAAAAAGCCUUAAUCCUUUUCCUUUUGUUUUUCUUAAUCUCUUCAUGAGUAAUUGAAAGGUGGCAAGUCCACUUUUUUUACUACGAAUGUUGCCAGCAAGGCUUUCUAACCUAAGCUCUUACUUUGCUGUUUCAUCAGACCCCCUGACUCCAUGGGCAACAUAACAGUUACUGCUACGUCGCCUAGCACCGUAGCCCCAGUCAGUACCUCUCUACUGUCAUUCGAUGGCACUGUAGCAAGUGUGUUCCACAAUACAAGGCCAUCUGCAGCAUGCAAUGAUCACAAGCUAGGGAGACGAUCACAGUCUUGUGGUGAUGAGUCAUCUGAGAAGGUUGCUAGAUCACCAUCUGAGAAAGGGAGAAUUCAACAGAGCCAGCUAACGAGCAAGGAAGCUACAAAGCUGGGGUCAAUCUCGUCAUCAUCGUCUCACGUUGUAAAGAGCGUUUUUGUCCAAGGUGUUGGGUGGGCUUCCCAGGUGAGCUCAAAUAGGAACAUCAGAGAGCUUUAUAUUCAAGGACGAGAACGACUUCGAGUACGAGAUUUGACUUCAAGUUUUUUCGCGUGUUCUCAAAAUAUAGACUCCCCGGAAAGCUUCAUUUUACCAUUUUUCACUAGAAAAGUUAGCACUGUUAACUCUAGUGAAGGAGGUUACACCCUCUCCUGAUCGCAAAAUGAUAAAACUUCUAACAUUUGAUAACUUGUUUCUGCUACUUCGACAUUCCCGUAAGACUGGUAAUAAUAAUAAUAAUAAUAAUAAUAAUAAUAAUAAUAAUAAUAAUAAUAAUAAUAAUAAUAAUAAUAAUAAUAAUAAUAAUAAUAAUAGACACCUAUAUCGCGCGCUAUCCACUAAUUGCUCAAAGCGCUGUACAAUAAUAUGGUAAGAAACUGUAGUUAAAAACUAUUAUUAGAUAAAAUAAAAAUUAAAUAACGCUGCUAAAAUCAAACAUCGUAGGCUAAUUAAAUGAGUAUGUCUUCAACUGCGUCCUGGACUGGUCGACAGAUGUAACACUCCUGAGUUCAGGGGGCAAUUGGUUCCAUAAUCUAGGAGCAGCUGCGGAAAAAGCCCUAUCACCAUACGUAGUCACUCGUAGUAGAGUGACGACGGCUACCACGUUUUCGCGCCAAAAUGACGCUGGUUCACGCGCGAGCACUACUUAGUACUGAGAAAAUCUCGUACUCGUAGUCGUACUCGUCUUAGAAUCUAAAGGUCUCUAUUAGAACAGCCCCAGGAGUGACCAAAAUCAAUUUUCUCCUAACGAUAUCAAUGCAUUUUUCAGAAAAAAGGUUAUAAGAAUCAAUAAAAUGAUCACCAAAGAGAAAUAUUUUCGAUCUUUCAUCAUUCUCUCAACUAUGUAAUUCUUUAAGGAAAUGUAUGAGGAUCACUCCGGAGAAUUUGUUUGUGGAUAUUGCGGCUUAAAUGAUUUAUGUUUUUAUUUUUUUAGAUGAAAUUAAGUGUAGUUUUUCUAAAGCAAAUGAAAAUCCUGACGACAUAUAAUUUUUUUUUUAUUAACUGGUAGUUGUCCACUGGAGAGGUAUGGAUCCAGUACAAUGAUGGAUCUCAGAUGGUUGUUCAGUCCUCUGUUACAAGUAUCAAAUAUACAGACAGCGGUGGCACAGUAACUAGGUAAUUGCAACUAACAGUUAUAGAUUUGCCUUGUAAAACCUACUAUCAUUAGAGUGUUCACAUGCAGACCCCAAUUUUUGCGUUAGACCGACGUCAAGAUCGAGCGACUUUAUCCUGGUGAAGAGUCUCAAAUCUACCUAGGCAAGGUGGAGGGUGAGGAGGAGGGGGGGAGGGGGGUUAGGAGGAGGUGCGCCCUAUUAAGCGGGGUGCCCGCUCCGCUCGGUACGUUUUAAAUGAAGAUGACGAUCUUACGGGAAAAAUAGGCGAUUGUGGUCAGUGUGAAGGAAUAUGGAGACCCCAAUUUUUCCGUUAGACCGACGUCAAGAUCGAGCGACUUUAUCCUGGUGAAGAGUCUCAAAUCUACCUAGGCAAGGUGGGGGGUGAGGAGGGGGGGGUUAGGAGGAGGUGCGCCCUAUUAAGCGGGGUGCCCGCUCCGCUCGGUACGUUUGAAGAUGACGAUCUUACGGGAAAAAUAGGCGAUUGUGGUCAGUGUGAAGGAAUAUGGAUAAUGAGGAUGACAACAACGACAGUGAUGAUUAUGAUAAUGAUGGGGUUGACGUGUGUAAGGUUUUCCUUGCACUCUAAAAUAUUCUCAGUGCACCAACAAUGUGAAACAAAUGAAAUCCUGUACUUAAAGAAGUAUCGCAUUUUCUUGAAGAAAAAAGGUUUCGAAGAUUUGCUGCCACGCCAAAACAUAGACUGAAGGAGAAAGACGUUGCCCAUGAGGCACCUAACUGACAGACGGAGCUUGUAGAAGUGAACAUUUUGGCAGGUUUGUGGUGCUGUUAAGUCUAAUAUAUCUCUUCUUUUCAUGGUCAGAUUCAGUCACUCUGACAGAUUGCCGCAGCCAAUCAAGGACAAGCUGUCUCACCUGCCGGUUGUUAUAGAAAAUUUAGUAGCCUCACCUAAAGUGUGUUAGUCAAAGGAGAAGAUAAGAUAGUCAAUGUCUAUUAUUAUGAUAAGUAUAAUAAUAUUUUUAUAAUAGUAUAAAGUACACCAUGGAAUGCCUGAGGCGGAUUUAAACUAUUUCGAUAUUAGUUGAAU